AGGAAGCUGCCAAACAUUUAAAAGGACGCUCUUUUGGGGGAGUGACAUGUUAGUCAGGAUUGGGACCAUGCUUAACAAGCCAAUGUCAAACUACCCCCACAUGGUCUAUUUUAUAUGUAUAUAUAUAUGUACAUGUUUCAGCUUAAAUGCUAGCAGGGAAGCAAUAGAAUUCUGGGUUCUGAGAAACGUGUUCUUCGAUGAUUCGAUCUACGUUGAUCAGUUUAGUUCUUAUUUUCCUUUUUUUUGUUGUUGUUGAUGCACAAUCCGAUUCAAGUGAGACUGAUGCAAUUUCAGGAGACGCUGUCUCAAAUUUCCAACCGAGCCUGGCGGUUGUCAUAGGUAUACUCUGUGUCAUGUUUGCCUUGACGUUUUUCCUGCUUGUCUAUGCCAAAUUCUGUCACAGUGCAGCAACGGUUCAUGCUGACCAUAAUCAUCGAAUACUCAACCGAACAAGGUCUCGGUCCUCGGGGAUCGACAAGAAAGUUGUGGAAUCGCUUCCUUUCUUUAAGUUCUCUUCACUUAAAGGAUCGAAACAAGGGCUUGAAUGCGCAGUCUGCUUAUCAAAAUUCGAAGAUAUUGAGAUCCUAAGGUUGCUGCCUCAAUGCAAACAUGGCUUUCACAUUGAUUGUAUUGAUCAGUGGCUAGAAAAGCACUCAAGUUGCCCCCUUUGCAGGCAGAAGGUCAACGCUAAUGACCCAACAAUUUUUACAUAUACAAACAGCAUGCGGUUCUCAAGGAACCAAUCUGAGCUAAGAGGAGACUCCAACAUAGAGCUGUAUGUCCAGAGAGAGCAAGAGCAUCAUGGCUCAUCAAGGUUCAGCAUCGGAGCCAGCUUCAGAAAAUCCGAGAAGGGCAAUAUCGAAACCGAAGUUCUAAUCCAAGAGGAUGAUGAUGAUGGAUUCCAUAAGGUCAAUCAUAAGAUCAUUGUAUCUGAUGUAGUUUUGCAAAACCGGUGGAGCAGUGUAAGUUCAUCCGACCUGAUGUUCUUGAGCUCAGAGAUGCUUAACGACUUGUCGAGCAACAGAUUUGUGUCCCUGGACAUAAACAAGGAGCAGUGUACGAAAACAAGGACAAUUGAAAACGAAGGAAUUACAAAGAUCAAAAGGGAAUUGGAGAUAAAGAGACUGUUAAACAAGCCAGUUUCAACUCCUGAUGUGGCUUUCACAUCGGAUUCAGCAGCUAGUACGAGUCAUGCUGCAUCAAGGAUUACUAACCAAGUUGAGAAAAGAUCAAUGUCGGAUAUCACUGCUUUAUCGAGGUUUCGAGACGAUGGUAGGAGGAACAGAACAAGUGAGUGUUCAUUGCCCGAAAGGUACACAGAGGAGGAAAGGAGAAGGCUGCUUUGGUUGCCAAUAGCUAGAAGAACAGUGCAAUGGUUUGCCAAUAGAGAAACGUGUGAACAACAAAUUCAGGGUCCAACACACCAUUUAGAUGUUUGAUUUAUGGACUAAUAGUUGUAUUUUGUACAUAAUUUCACUAGGCAGACAGCUACACAUUUCCAAAAAAACAUUUUCCUUCUUAAUUCAGUAUUUUACUAAGAUUGCUGUUUGUUUGUUGGUUUUUACUUCUAGAAAAGAAAAAUGAAAAAGAGCCUGCUUGCUAA